AAAAAUCCCCCAUUCUUUCCCCGCUUCCGUCUCUUCCUCCUCCCGACCUGGGUCGUCUUCUCCUCCCUUUUUCUGCUUUCGUCCACAGAUUAUACAAAACCGAGGCUCUUUGGGUAAACACAUUUUGUUGCACUUAUUGCCCAGAUUCGAACAAUAUGCUCUUAUUUAAUAUAAUUCUAGGAAACCAUUAUACUUACCAAAAUCCCCCAUCUCUUUCAGAAGAGUUUGUUGAGGGGAGGGAGGGCGCCCGUCUCCUGAUGACCAGUGAGAAGAGGAAAAAAGCCAUAUGGUGCCGUAACUCCAUGCAGGAUCACUUUGGAAUUACCGAUUUCAGACGUUAAUAAAAUUGAUUGCUCUACCCCACGUGACUUCCAGCAUAAGUCACUUGAUCGAAGCGGCUGAGCCAGGGAUGGAUCAGGCUAAGAGCUUUUGGAUUCGGCGUCGUAAAGGUGCCAAAGAUGGGACGGCGAGCUCACCUGGAAACCAGGCCGGAGAAUCAGCUCAGCAGGAAGAAUUCUUCUUCGACUUCCGUGGCAGAGGGUCCUCCCCCGAAACCAGCUCGGCGACAUGGAGGAUGGGCAGAUGAGUCCCUGAAAGUCUCAAAGUCAGGAAAGAAGACAAAUGAAGAAGAAGAAGACCACCGGCUGAGACAGCAGAGCUUGGAAGGAUCGGAUGAUGAAGGAGACAUUCCUGUGAUCCCAGAUCUGGAAGAAGUACAAGAGGAAGACUUUGUCUUGCAAGUGGCGGCUCCUCCUAGUGUCCAGGUGAACCGUGUAAUGACCUACCGUGACCUGGACAAUGACCUCAUGAAGUUUGCUGCCUUCCAGACUUUGGAUGGAGAGAUUGACUUGAAGCUCCUCACGAAAGUUCUUGCCCCCGAGCACGAAGUGCGAGAGGAUGAUGUCAGCUGGGACUGGGACCACCUAUACACCGAGGUGUCCUCUGAGCUCCUCACCGAAUGGGACUUGGAGCAGACGGAGAAAGAUGAGUUGGCGGGACUGCCUAAGCAAGCGUAAGCCCACGGGCGAGGCAGAGCCCUCCUGUACGUAACAGUCAUUGUUUCGCAUUUUAGAAGGUCGACUGCUGUAAGAAGCGUUGGUUCUGGUGAGGGGUAUUUUUCGUUAAGAAUAUGUACCUGUUCUCAGAAAACUGCAUUGGAUCAAUUGGAUGGGAAAUAAAUCCAUUAUCAAAUGACUUACCCU